UCCUCGAAAACUAACCCCUGUUGAUAAACAACUUGUUUUUAGAGAUUGAAAAAAACAACUACCCAUAUCUCCAAGCAUUAAAGAGACAAAACGAAGGAUAAUACGCAUUUACGGGUGGCUAACUGUAAAACGUAGUUCGUGUUCACGCAAUGAAUAAGUUUCUGCAUGUCUUCGGUUGUCUUAGCUAGCGUUAGCUAACUUCCAUUAAAGGUUGCGCGUAGUUUGCUGCUCGGGGCUCGGCUAUGGGCUAAUCCGGAGGAUGCUGAUACACGACCAUAGGUGAUUUAUAAAGACAACGCUGGCCAUGGAUCGAAAGGCGAGGAGGCUCGAAAGUCAGCUGUGUAAAGCUGUGAAGGAUGGAGAACCGAGGUCUGUGGAGCUGCUUCUAUCACAAGGUGCAUGCCCUCACCUGGUGGGUGGUAAAGGGGUAGCUGCAAUACACUUGGCUGCUGGCAAAGAGACAGAGAAGAACACACGCUGCUUGAAAAUGUUGCUGCAAUAUAAUGCUGACCCCAAUAUCAGGUCAUUGGAUGGCCUGACUCCUCUUCACAUCGCUGCACUGUGGGGAUGUUAUCAAAAUCUAAAGCUACUCCUGAUGAAUGGAGGGAACCCAAACAUUAAAGAUGAUGAAGGGAAUACACCAAGGCAGCUUGCAGAGCAACAGGAGAAUCGAAAAUGUGCCCAACUCAUUCAGGAGUACCAGUCCAGCUCAGUAGACACAGAGGAGGAUGACAUACCAAAGUUUCAAUACUCUGUGUAUUCAGACCAAACGGACACAUCCAGCUACCCUGAAUCAGAAUACAGCUUCAGUUCCCACUCUUCCAUGAUAAGUGACUUUGGUGAAGCCCCAUUGAGCAGCACAAGGCGCUCGUCAUUUUUCAACCUGUCUAACAUUAAUGGAAGGCCAAAUUGCAGAGGAAUAGCAUAUAACAGACUUUCUGAUAUGGGCGCUAAGCAGCGUCACAGCCAGGACUGGAACAAUGCCUCCUCACACUGGGCACCUGAAGGUUCAUCCAUACUAUCAAGCACUCGCAUGUCUGCAGUGGGACCAAUGCCAAUUCUUAAGGAAGAUGAUUUAUAUACUGACGAUGAUGUGUUCACAUCAAAAGCAAAUGAACAUGCGGCUACAACUGAUGAAUGCAGGAUCUCCCCCUCCAGAAGAGACACUCUCCCAGCAUUUACCCCCAGGCGAGCAAGUCGUAAGAGUGUGAGCUUUAGAGAUGUAGAUGAAUAUUUCCCUGUUUUUAGUCCUGAAUCUCCCAAACAGCAGCCUGGUGGUAAUGAUCUCCAGUGCAGCGGCACCUUACCUUUUGAUAUGUCUGAGUACUCUGACUUCCUGGAUUCAGAACGCAUGGCCACUGUUUUAAGCAAGCAGGGCAUCGACGUCACAUCGCCGGAUCAUGUAUAUGUUUUCUGCAGGGAGAGCAGUGAGAGCACAGAGGAGGACAUGGAGAAAACGGUCAUCAGUCACUGUGCUUUGGAAGACAGUGACGAUGACCAGGAGGACGAACAUGUAAAAGACACUCAGGUGAAUUUACCAGAUCAGGCUGCCCCUUCCCAUGUUGGCAGCAGUGGCAGUGGGACGGGAAGUAGCCAUUAUAGUAGCUGUGAGAGCGACCAUUACACCAGUGCACUUGAUGCUUCUGUACACACAACACAUCUUUCACUCCCCACAGUAAAGGCUGGUUCUCUUGGGGCUCAAUCUGAUGAAAAGAUUUCCACAGACUUCCAGAUGGAUUCAAAACCAGAAACUAAAGAGCAUGUACCAGGUGUGCAUAACAAACUGCUACUGUCUGAGGUAAAACACCCAAGCAGUGAUGUGCUUGGGGCUUGUAGUGGUCCCCUUGUGGGCACUUCAAGUCAAUGUGGUGUUGACGAGCCGGUGGCAGAUGCGCCAAUGAAUGAUGAAACUGAAGCAUUACAAGAAAACUUCGACCUUCCAUUCACACCAAGUCCCUUUGUAACGGGCAGGACUCGCUCCAGGUUGAGUCGGUGCUCAAUGAGAACAAGCAGAACCCCCGACAGCCUCCUCUUCACGUCUUCCCUCUUUGAAGAGACCCUCCCCACACCGGUUCGAGCACGCCGCCAGACGCCUAGAUCUGAGAGCAGUGAGGACUUUUACAGCUCACCACAUGUACCUUGUCAUACACCAUCUUAUUCAGGAAACAGCACAGCAGGAGACUCAUUGCCUGCUGAUUGCCAGGACACACAGUCCAGCACUCUCAGAGCUGCUUCAAGUGUUAGCGAUAGCCAAGCCGACACUUUCAUCCUCCCAAAAAGUGCGACCGACUCUGCUUCUGAAUCGCAGACUCUGUCUGACACAGUCAUAGUGGAGAAAAACCAGGACUCAACAGUGGACGCUUAUGAAAGAAACCUUGCAGAGAUUAUAAAGGCCAUGCAAGGCCAAGAACUCACUGAUGGCCGAGACUUUUUGACUGAUGAUGUGACUAGUACAGAUGAGGCAGAGAGAAAUGUAAAUGAGGCUCUUGAUGAGGACAGAGCAGAUAGCCCAAAUAAGGACCUUUUGUGGAUGACUGAGGUCUGUAGCUCUCAGUCAGAGUCUGCGUCAUCCUCAUCCAGCUCCACUUAUUUUUCCCCAAGGAGGUCCAGGGAGGACUCAGACCUUCCUCCCACUCCAGGCACCGGGUGCACUCCCAGGUACAGCAUGAGCCGGCUGUCGAGCUGUCGCAGGCCACAGCACCUGGCAAACCUGUCCUACACCCCCGGGGGGCGCCCGCUCAUUCAGGAUCUGGACGAACCAGUGGAGUACCUCUACACUGACUCAGAACAGGGCCACAAGCUGAUCGAGAUCCACAUCCCACCCACAGCAAACACCUCACUCAGCUCCAGCAUGAGUACUAGCAGCAGCGAGGAGACCAUCCUUUAUGACUGGCGCUCCAUGCAGACUGACAUGAUGAAUGGAGGAAAGGAGAACCAGAAGCCCCAGGUGGAGGAAGGUUAUAAGGACAAGAUGUUGCCGGAGGCCAAAGGGUUGACUGACAAGGAGCUGAGAUUGAGGCUAUUAGAGCUGGGGGAGAGCCCGGGCCCUAUCAGCUGCCGUACCAGGCCCACAUACAUGAGAAGACUGUGUCGCCUGUUGCAGGAGUCAACCUCCCAAUCACCACAUCCGAAGAAGCAGUCGGAUCAGCCACACACAGAUUCAGGUUAUAGUCCAGAAUUGUGUCGGGCCCUGCAGACCUUCCAGCUGCCUGAUUGCCAGGAUGAUGAGCAGGCUUUGUGCCAGCAGUUUGACCAACCAGAUCAAAACAGAAAGUGGAGAGAGGGCAUCAUCAAGUCCAGCUUCAACUACCUGCUGCUUGACCCGAGGGUGACGAAAAACCUCCCAUUCCGCAGUCACACCAUGACUCCACAGGAGUGUUUCCAGACGUUUAUUAAUGCUAUAUUUUAUGUGGGCAAAGGAAAACGCUCCCGACCCUAUAGCCACCUGUAUGAGGCUUUAGAGUACUUUAAAGGGGACAAGACAUCCAAGAAACUGUCCCGUAAAGUGCAGCACAUCCUUCAGGUGUGGAGCGCCGACCAGGGCGUCAUCUCUCUGCAUUGUUUCCAGAACGUCAUUCCAGUGGAGGCUUACACCAGAGAGGCUUGCAUGGUGGAGGCCAUUGGGUUGAAGAUGCUCACCAAUCAGAAGCGAGGGGAUUUUUAUGGCGUGGUGUCCAACUGGCAGGUGAAGAAGAAGCGGGACCUGGGUGUCCACCUGCUCUACAGGGCCAUGCAGAUCUUCCUGGCCGAGGGGGAGAGGCAGCUCAGGCCAGCAGACAUCAGACAGUAGUGACCCCUGCUGGAGGUGGGUAUGAACAGCACUGAAGAGGUAAUACCACUAGUUCAGGGUACAAAACAAUCCUACACUGAACAAUUUUGCAGACGUUUGGGUGAGUGUGGGCAACAUCCAAGGCAUAAAUGAACUCUGAUCUCCAAUCCUCAGCAAUAUACAGCAAGUCAAACAUGCAACAUCCUCUACUAAUAUUCACAUCUGAUGAACUUGCCACUUAAGAAAGUCCUGCUUCAUUUCUAUUAAAAGUGUGUACUUGAAGAUUCCACUUUUGAAAAUGUGUUGAAACGCCAUCAAAGCUGCCUGAUUUAUUUUUGUAUGUAUAGUUUAUGUCAAUGAUGAAGAGUACAUUGCUUUUAAUCAGCCCACAUGUGAACAGGAACAUGAUGUUGAAAUCAAAAUUGGGAAAUGCGGGUCAUUCAGAAGUAAAAAAAAAAACAAGCAUGACAUAGUUAUAACAUUAUGAUGCUUUUCUUCUUGAUGUAAGCCUGGUAGUUAAGCACAUCAUUUUUUGUAGUUUUAAAGAACAUAUCAUAACUUCAUAGUAAGAGGCUGGCACAUGCAUGAUAGUUUUUUUAUGGAUAAAUCGAUGCUUAUAGUUUUAGGAACUUGAUGUGCAAAGUGUGAUGUAAUUUGAUGUGUUUUAUAUAUAUGUCAUAGUUAAAAAAAAUGCAUUGCAGGCAAGUUGAUAUAAUAGCGUCCAAUAGCAUUAGGUGUUUUUGUGUAUAUAGUUCUAUUAUUUGUGUCCAUAUAAUGAGAUAUGUAGAAACUGGAUUCUGAAGUUCGUCACUUUUACAUCAGCACUUGUUGCGUUAAGAUCAGGAGACUGUCCAAGUUGGUAGCAAAACUGUUUUUUAUUUGUAAAAAUGAUUGAGUUGUAGCUGUGUUUUGUAUCAUAAUCUACAUGAUUUUGGAAGCCAAUAAAAUCAUUAUAAAGGGAUUUUUAUAAGUCAAAGAAAUCACAAAUUGAAGUCAGCUUUUCUCACAAUCUCAUCUAAUUGUUUACAUGUUUAUGUCCAGAGCAGUGAGCUUAAAAACCAGUCAUUAUCUCCUCAGGGUAAUUCACUUUUUCAAUUUUCUUGAAGCUGCACAAAUUCUUUAUUUUUACACAAGCAUUAAUACAUACCACUGAAAACAAAACAUUUGUAUUUUAGAGACCUUAUUUUAUAACCCGAUCCCCAGGUUUAAAAAUAAAUCAAAGAGAUCAUAUAGCUCAGUAUCUGUGGUACUUUUAUUAUGAAAUGAAUGUCAUGAAACUAAUUACCUAUGGUAAUUAAACUAUAAGACCAUUAAUAAUACAUGAUUAACUUUGCAGACACCUAAAAAUAUAGUCCCUUCACUGUGAGUUGUGUUUGAUGUUUUUUUUUUUUAUACUUAUUGUCAAAAACGAAUCAUCAGUCAUGUGUACAUUCAUCAUUUCUGCAUACAUGUAAUGAAAUGCUUUCUUUUCUUAUUGUUCAUUGCCUUCUACUGUCACUGCUGUAUUUUGUUGCUCCUUUAUUUUACAAUGAUGUAUAUGUAGUAAAAAGAAAAAUACAAAUGAACUAAACCUAAA